AUGUGCUUUCCGCCUUUCCUUCCUCUCUCUUUCACACCAGCUAAAGGAAGCAGCGUGGUGUGCGACCAACAUAGCAUUGGGGGAGGUGACUUGAGUGGACAUAGCAUUGGGGGAGGUGACCUGAGUGGACUUGAGUGGACUUUUGAUUCUCCCCAUCCAUCUCCCCCCACCUCCUCUCUCUCCCCUUCCCUUCCCCCGCUUCCCACCAGCUCCUGGAGGCGGUGUGCUCCUGGAGGCAGCGUGCUCCUGGAAGCAGCGUGGUGUGUGACCAACAUAGCAUCGGGCGAGGCAGAGGAGACUCGUGCUGUGCUGCCCUGUGCUGCUCUGCUCAUCGCCCACUGCACUGCCAUAGCGGAGCAGUGUGCGUGGGCGGUGGGCAACAUAGCAACAGAGACGACCUUUGUCUCGAAUGGGCCUUUUGCAUUCUCUCUAUACGUGCUCCUCUUCCUCAACUCUCUCUUCCUUUUGCAUUCUCUCUAUGCGUGCUCCUCCUCCUCCUCAACUCUCUCUUCCUUUUGCAUUCUCUCCGUUCGUGCUCCUCCCUCCUCUUCAACUCUCUCUUCCUUUUGCAUUCUCUCUAUGCGUGCUCCUCCUCCUCCUCAACUCUCUAUUCCUUUUGCAUUCUCUCCGUUCGUGCUCCUCCUCCUCCUCAACUCUCUCUUCCUUUUGCAUUCUCUCCGUUCGUGCUCCUCCUCCUCCUCAACUCUCUCUUCCUUUUGCAUUCUCUCUAUGCGUGCUCCUCCUCCUCCUCAACUCUCUCUUCCUUUUGCAUUCUCUCCGUUCGUGCUCCUCCCUCCUCUUCAACUCUCUCUUCCUUUUGCAUUCUCUCUAUGCGUGCUCCUCCUCCUCCACAACUCUCUAUUCCUUUUGCAUUCUCUCCGUUCGUGCUCCUCCUCCUCCUCAACUCUCUCUUCCUUUUGCAUUCUCUCCGUUCGUGCUCCUCCUCCUCCUCAACUCUCUCUUCCUUUUGCAUUCUCUCCGUUCGUGCUCCUCCUCCUCCUCAACUCUCUCUUCCUUUUGCAUUCUCUCCGUUCGUGCUCCUCCUCCUCCUCAACUCUCUCUUCCUUUUGCAUUCUCUCCGUUCGUGCUCCUCCUCCUCCUCAACUCUCUCUUCCUUUUGCAUUCUCUCCGUUCGUGCUCCUCCUCCUCCUCAACUCUCUCUUCCUUUUGCAUUCUCUCCGUUCGUGCUCCUCCCUCCUCCUCCUCAACUCUCUCUUCCUUUUGCAUUCUCUCCGUUCGUGCUCCUCCUCCUCCUCAACUCUCUCUUCCUUUUGCAUUCUCUCCGUUCGUGCUCCUCCCUCCUCCUCAACUAUCUCUUCCUUUUGCAUUCUCUCCGUUCGUGCUCCUCCUCCUCCUCCUCAACUCUCUCUUCCUUUUGCAUUCUCUCCGUUCCUGCUCCUCCUCCUCCUCAACUCUCUCUUCCUUUUGCAUUCUCUCCGUUCGUGCUCCUCCCUCCUCCUCCUCAACUCUCUCUUCCUUUUGCAUUCUCUCCGUUCGUGCUCCUCCCUCCUCCUCCUCAACUCUCUCUUCCUUUUGCAUUCUCUCCGUUCGUGCUCCUCCUCCUCCUCAACUCUCUCUUCCUUUUGCAUUCUCUCCGUUCGUGCUCCUCCCUCCUCCUCCUCAACUCUCUCUUCCUUUUGCAUUCUCUCCAUUCGUGCUCCUCCUCCUCAACUCUCUCUUCCUUUUGCAUUCUCUCUAUGCGUGCUCCUCCUCCUCCUCAACUCUCUCUUCCUUUUGCAUUCUCUCCGUUCGUGCUCCUCCUCCUCCUCAACUCUCUAUUCCUUUUGCAUUCUCUCCGUUCGUGCUCCUCCUCCUCCUCAACUCUCUCUUCCUUUUGCAUUUUCCCGUUCGUGCUCCUCCUCCUCCUCAACUCUCUCUUCCUUUUGCAUUCUCUCCGUUCGUGCUCCUCCUCCUCCUCAACUCUCUCUUCCUUUUGCAUUCUCUCCGUUCGUGCUCCUCCUCCUCCUCAACUCUCUCUUCCUUUUGCAUUCUCUCCGUUCGUGCUCCUCCCUCCUCCUCCUCAACUCUCUCUUCCUUUUGCAUUCUCUCCGUUCGUGCUCCUCCUCCUCCUCAACUCUCUAUUCCUUUUGCAUUCUCUCCGUUCGUGCUCCUCCUCCUCCUCAACUCUCUCUUCCUUUUGCAUUCUCUCCGUUCGUGCUCCUCCUCCUCCUCAACUCUCUCUUCCUUUUGCAUUCUCUCUAUGCGUGCUCCUCCUCCUCCUCAACUCUCUCUUCCUUUUGCAUUCUCUCCGUUCGUGCUCCUCCCUCCUCUUCAACUCUCUCUUCCUUUUGCAUUCUCUCUAUGCGUGCUCCUCCUCCUCCUCAACUCUCUAUUCCUUUUGCAUUCUCUCCGUUCGUGCUCCUCCUCCUCCUCAACUCUCUCUUCCUUUUGCAUUCUCUCCGUUCGUGCUCCUCCUCCUCCUCAACUCUCUCUUCCUUUUGCAUUCUCUCCGUUCGUGCUCCUCCUCCUCCUCAACUCUCUCUUCCUUUUGCAUUCUCUCCGUUCGUGCUCCUCCUCCUCCUCAACUCUCUCUUCCUUUUGCAUUCUCUCCGUUCGUGCUCCUCCCUCCUCCUCCUCAACUCUCUCUUCCUUUUGCAUUCUCUCUAUGCGUGCUCCUCCUCCUCCUCAACUCUCUCUUCCUUUUGCAUUCUCUCCGUUCGUGCUCCUCCUCCUCCUCAACUCUCUCUUCCUUUUGCAUUCUCUCCGUUCGUGCUCCUCCCUCCUCCUCAACUAUCUCUUCCUUUUGCAUUCUCUCCGUUCGUGCUCCUCCUCCUCCUCCUCAACUCUCUCUUCCUUUUGCAUUCUCUCCGUUCCUGCUCCUCCUCCUCCUCAACUCUCUCUUCCUUUUGCAUUCUCUCCGUUCGUGCUCCUCCUCCUCCUCAACUCUCUCUUCCUUUUGCAUUCUCUCCGUUCGUGCUCCUCCCUCCUCCUCCUCAACUCUCUCUUCCUUUUGCAUUCUCUCCAUUCGUGCUCCUCCUCCUCAACUCUCUCUUCCUUUUGCAUUCUCUCCGUUCGUGCUCCUCCCUCCUCCUCCUCAACUCUCUCUUCCUUUUGCAUUCUCUCCGUUCGUGCUCCUCCCUCCUCCUCCUCAACUCUCUCUUCCUUUUGCAUUCUCUCCGUUCGUGCUCCUCCUCCUCCUCAACUCUCUCUUCCUUUUGCAUUCUCUCCGUUCGUGCUCCUCCCUCCUCCUCCUCAACUCUCUCUUCCUUAUGCAUUCUCUCCAUUCGUGCUCCUCCUCCUCAACUCUCUCUUCCUUUUGCAUUCUCUCCGUUCGUGCUCCUCCCUCCUCCUCCUCAACUCUCUCUUCCUUUUGCAUUCUCUCCGUUCGUGCUCCUCCCUCCUCCUCCUCAACUCUCUCUUCCUUUUGCAUUCUCUCCGUUCGUGCUCCUCCUCCUCCUCAACUCUCUCUUCCUUUUGCAUUCUCUCCGUUCGUGCUCCUCCCUCCUCCUCCUCAACUCUCUCUUCCUUUUGUAUUCUCUCCGUUCGUGCUCCUCCUCCUCCUCAACUCUCUCUUCCUUUUGCAUUCUCUCCAUUUGUGCUCCUCCUCCUCCUCAACUCUCUCUCUCUCCCUCACCCCCUUCAUCAAAUUCGCUCCCCACACCAACAGACUCCCCGUCACCCGCAAUAGCGGAGCAGUGUGUGUGGGCGGUGGGCAACAUAGCAGCGGAGGCAGACGACCUGCGAGCACAGCUGCUGGAUCAGGGCGCCCUGCCCGCCCUCACUCGCCUCCUGCUCGCUGCUGCCUCUGGGGGCAACACGGGGGCCCGCUGGUUAACGGCACAGGCGCCCUCUGCCAUGGCAUCACUGGCCAAGACAGUGGCAUGGGCGCUUUCCUCUCUUAUUAAGCUGCUGGAUCAAGGCGCCCUGCCCGCCCUCACCUGCCUCCUGCCCGCCCUCACCUGCCUCCUGCCCGCCCUCACCUGCCUCCUGCCCGCCCUCACCUGCCUCCUGCCCGCCCUCACCUGCCUCCUGCCCGCCCUCACCUGCCUCCUGCCCGCCCUCACCUGCCUCCUGCCCGCCCUCACCUGCCUCCUGCUCGCUGCUGCCUCUGGGAGCAACACAGAGGCCCGCUCGUUGACAGCACAGGCGCCCUCUGCCAUGGCAUCGCUGAGCAAGACAGUGGCAUGGGCGCUCUCCUCCCUCAUCAAGGUGGGCGGGCGUAUCUGUACCUCUCUCACAGCUGGGGGCAGCAGUGGGGGGCGCUGGUUGACAGCACAGGCGCCCUCUGCUAUGGCAUCACUGGCCAAGACGGUGGCAUGGGAUGGGCUCUCUCUUUGCUUAUUAAGCCCCCGUGCAGCCGUUGAUCUGGUGAAAUCGGACGGUGUUGAUGCAGCGAUUGUGACCCUUCUGUCCUCAGGGGUGUGGGAGCAUGGAGGGUGUGAGAGUGUGGAGGGUGUGAGUGUGGAGGGUGUGGGAGUGUGGAGGGUGUGGGAGUGUGGAGGGUGUGGGAGUGUGGAGGGUGUGGGAGUGUGGAGGGUGUGGGAGUGUGGAGGGUGUGGGAGUGUGGAGGGUGUGGGAGUGUGGAGGGUGUGGGAGUGUGGAGGGUAUGGGAGUGUGGAGGGUGUGGGAGUGUGGAGGGUGUGGGAGUGUGGAGGGUGUGGGAGUGUGGAGGGUGUGGGAGUGUGGAGGGUGUGGGAGUGUGGAGGGUGUGGGAGUGUGGUGGGUGCACCCCUGUCCCCUUGUGCCCCUCAUUGUUGCAUUUUCCACCGCCCUGUGCCUCGCCCUCCCCACCCUCACAGCAACGCAGAGGCAGCAGUGGAGGCGGCAUGGGUGGCGGCGUACGUGACAGCACUAAAUGCAGAGGCAGCAGUGGAGGCGGCAUGGGUGGCGGCGUACGUGACAGCGCUGUCAGACGCAAGCACAGAGAGGCUCGUGGCUGCUGGGCUCAUAGAGGCCCUCGUGCCCCUGCUCUCCUCCACCACUGACGUCGCUCUCCUCACUCCUGUACGUUCCCUCGCUCCCUUCCCGGCCAUAAGGCACGCUUUCCUCAUCUGCUCGCUGCUGCCGGGCUCAUAA